UUUACUUCAGCCAAACACACACUUAUAACACACACGCGUGCGCGCGUACACACACAUGUGGAGGAUCUGUGUGUGUUUCAGCAGCUGAUCUGCGCGGUUUUCGGAGUGCUCACACACGCACACACACACACUCAGACACACUCUCUCUCUGCAUGAAUCUCCUCCAGCGCGGGCUGAAGAUGAGUGUGUCCGGAGCUCCGAGCCCGAGUCUUUCCGAGGACUCCGCCGGCUCUCCGUGCGCCUCCGCCGGCUCGGGAUCGGACAGCGAGACCCCCCGCGCGGAGCCGCCGCUGCACCGGGACGAGCAGGAGAAGUUCCCGGUGUGUAUCCGGGACGCGGUGUCGCAGGUGCUGAAGGGCUACGACUGGUCUCUGGUGCCCAUGCCGGUGCGGGUGAGCGGCUCCGGGAAGAGCAAACCGCACGUCAAGAGACCCAUGAACGCGUUUAUGGUUUGGGCUCAAGCCGCGCGGAGGAAACUGGCGGACCAGUACCCGCACCUGCACAACGCGGAGCUCAGCAAAACACUCGGCAAACUCUGGAGACUGCUGAACGAGGGCGAGAAGCGUCCGUUUGUGGAGGAGGCGGAGCGGCUGCGGGUCCAGCAUAAGAAAGAUCAUCCAGACUACAAAUACCAGCCCAGACGGAGGAAAUCAGUGAAGAGCGGCUCAGCAGAGUCUGAAGAUGGAGAGCAGACGCAGAUCUCCACCAAUGCGCUGUUCAGAGCCCUGCAGCGGGCAGAAACACCCGACUCCAGCACCGGCGAGCUGCACUCUCCUGGAGAACACUCCGGUCAGUCUCAGGGCCCCCCCACACCACCCACCACCCCUAAAACAGAUCUGCCGGUGUGCAGUAAAGCGGAUCUGAAGCGGGAGCGGGAGCGGGACCGAGAGCGCCCCCUGCAGGACGGCAUUGACUUCGGUGCGGUGGACAUCGGCGAGCUGAGCAGUGAUGUCAUCUCCAACAUAGAGGCCUUCGAUGUUAAUGAGUUCGACCAGUACCUGCCUCCGCACGGGGCCCCGGGGCCGGCCGGUGCAGGGUUCUCCAGCGGGUACGGCAGCGCAGCCUGGAUGCACAAACCGCUCGCGAGCAGCUCCAUGGCUAAUGCCGGCGAGCAGCACCAGCAGAGGGCGCAGAUCAAGACGGAGCAGCUGAGCCCGGGCCACUACAGCCAGCAGCCGCCGCAGCAGCAGUUCUACAGCGCCCCCUACAGCCGAGCACAGUAUACAGAGUACAGCGAGCAGCACAGCGCCUACUACAGCCCGUACCCCACAUUCAGCUACAGCAGACCCCCGUACACCCCUGCAGCGGCGGCGGAUACUGCACACACACACCACUGGGACCCGCAGCCCGUCUACACACAGCUGUCCAGACCCUGAGCACACACACACACACACAUACUUGCGCUCGCACUGCUGGAGACGCUCUGAAGUCCGCCUGAAUCACUAUCAGCAGUGUCUACUCUGCCCGCUCACAUCCAUACUCUCCAGGUACUCAAUCAAAAUGCAGUGUUUGGAGCGGUGCUCCUUCUGUUGACGUUAACCUGAGGGUGUCCAUGGCAACUGCAUAUCUAGAUUCUUAACCACACCCCUCUUAACCGUUAGUUGGCUAUGAGAGAAUGAUGCGCACGAAGCAAAGCCCCGCCCCCUGCUUAUCUUCUCAUGUGGUCAUCUUCAAUCUAAUCUGCAGUGGCGCUCCUGCUAACAAUAACCUGAGGGUUUCCAUAGCAACUUGUCACCUAGGAAUUAUACGGUUCUCUCUUUCUGAGAUUAGGGUUAGGGUUUGGGUUAGAUUCUGAGAUAUUGAGCUUCAAAGUUUUUGCACUCCACAGCAAACAGUGUGUGUGUAACGGUCGUUUUUUAAAUAAAAAGUCCUAAAAUGUAAACAACUUA